AAGACUUGAACAAUCACACAAACAUGGAUCCUCCUCAACAAUUGACACCCGCCCUCUCCGUCGACGACUCACCAGCACUAUCUGAUAGUGAAUCCUCAUCCGGCAUCCCAGCAGAACAAGUAGACGUAAUCAGAAGCAUCGUCGACAAAUGGCACAAGAAGCCUUUACAAAUAGCCAACGACAUUGUCUCAGCAUUGUUCAGGACUAACACAACCCCANNGGAAGGCGGUGACCACACCCACAUCCCUCUAAUCGUCCGCAACGGGGACAACCAAGAAGUAGUCGUCUGGGCCAAAUGCGACACUGGCGCAUGCGCAAACUUCAUAACCAUGGCCCUAGUCCGCAAACUCAAGCUCGAAUACAGUCUCCAAAAGAUCGACGACUACGAAGCCGCNAAAAACCUCGAAUCCCCUCCUCGCGAUCAUCUAGGCGUCGGCUUGAUCAANAAAGUAUGCAGUUUCGAGGACAGAGAAGUUAGCAUAAACUACAUCCUCUCCCUGAACUUUGCGGCGGGAAAGUUUAGAAAACAGCAUGAAAAAGUCGAGUUUGAGGUUUUGGAGAUUGGGGAUGGAUUUACUAGUCCUGCGUCUAAUGAGAAGACGGACUUGUUCUUGGGGGCGAGUUGGUUGUUCAAGAAUGAGGUGUUCAUGUUGAGGAAGAGUUAUUAUGUAGAUCCGCCAAAGGAUUUGCCGGUGGUGGAGACGGUGCCUACGCAGGACAGUGAGUUGACACCGAUUGCAAGACCUUCGAGUGCCAUAUAUAUGCCGAGGGGAACUCCUUCGAUCAAGCUCAGUGCUAGCCCGGCACCUCCUAGGUUACCGAGAGGACGCAUGGCC